AGUUCUGUCCGCCUGCCGCCAAGGGUUGAGGCCGCGGAGCUGCACAGCGGAUGGCUGAAAAAACAGGGUGGAACAUUUCGUACCUGGAAACGGCGCUUCUUUGUCCUGGACGGCACUGGACGAUUGGCCUACUACACCACCGCAGACAAGCUCCACUACUCGGGCUUCUUCAGCCUGGCUGAGGGGCCCGUCACCGUGAGCAGCUAUGAGUCGGAGACAGGCAACGCUCCAGUCGACCGCUCUUACAACUUCGUCCUCAAGCGAUCCGCGUAUAUUCAGCCCUACUGUUGCAGUGGGACUGAAACUGUCCGUGGUAGGUGUUAG